ACGCAGGUUUUUGCACUAAUCUCCGCAUUUCAAUUAUAGUAAUCCAGCAAUGAAGAUCAUCUUCAUCCUCUGCUUCCUUGUUGGGCAAGCAAUAGCACAGAGUAAACCUUUCCCCUUUGGUCCCCGAAAACGAGUAUUACCGGGUCAAAGGUCAUCCGGUUGUUCCGAUUGUGCUUCUGAAUUGAAGCAGUGUGUGUUAUCCUGUGUUGAAAAAUUUGAUUGCUCCGAGAUGAAUGUAAAAGAGGGCUUUUGUCCCAUUGGUGACAAGCGACCAGAAAACUGCUCAAUUUCAUCUUCUGCUUUUUUAAACGUUUGUAAGAUGGAUACAGAAUGCCCAGGUACUAAAAAGUGUUGCCACAGCGGAUGCAGUAAAGUGUGCGCAAGUGCACUUCCAGUACCUCCUCAUCAAGUAGUCCGUAGAAAUCGUACACCAAUAAAGCUUGGUAAACAUACUUGAAAGCAGGAUUGAAAAAAAAGACACUAUGUAUUUGUUCUCUCUUCUUUUUAACACCAAAUGAUUAAUGGUGCUUAUGAUAUUAGAAAAACAGAAACUUUAAACGAGACUUAUGUUGUGCAAAUUAAUAUGCACACAUUUAAAUGGAUGCUUGACUGAAUGUAAGCAAGAUUCCUAAAACCAGAAGAAAUUUAAAACACUUCCGGUGUAUCCCUCCGCUCCUGUUAUGCUUACGAGACUUAAUAUUCUAAGAAAUUUUAUUCAUGUGUUUAAAUUUGCCUUUAAAUUAUAAAUUCUAACUGAUUGUAAACCUAAAACAAAUAUCAGAAAAUUAAUAUCACAACCUAAAUAAAGUGUUUUCAUGUUUUAA